AUGCAUUGCUGUAGUUCAGUUAGCACUGCAAAUGCUGCACAAACGCAACAGGGGAACAUGGCGAUGGCGGUUUGCAUGGUUGAAAAAAAUGUUUCGUGACAGUUUUAAAUAUUACAAAAGCCGAACUUCAGCGCCCGAUCUCAGCGAUGUAAUUGACUUGGAAAAUCCAAAUUAUGUUAGAGUUAGGCGGAUUGCGGCCCGUGUAACUACUGAUACUGAACAAAUUGAUACCUUUGGAUUGAAACCUAUAGCAAAAUGGAAGAUUUACGAAUUACUGGACAUUCCGGGACUCAUCUUUAUUCAGAAUCCAUUCACAUCUGCUGGCCAGCGAUACUGGAUCACAAAAUGUCUGAAGGAUUACUCUAAGGAACCGUACAAGUUAAACAUAGACGCUCACAACAUUUUAGAUAAUGAAGCAUGGUGGGACGUAUGUUUCCAGACUUCGGAGAGGGGUAGAGCUCUCUUGCCAAAACUGCGAUGGGCGACGCUGGGAUAUCAUCACAAUUGGGAUACGAAAUUGUAUUCGGAAAACUCGAAGAGCGACAUGCCACCGGAAUUGUGCGAUCUAACGUCCGUUUUAGCAAAGGCACUGGAUUUUCAGGAUUUUAGGGCAGAGGCAGCGAUCGUGAAUUAUUAUCGGAUGAAUUCGACUUUAGCAGGUCACACGGAUCAUUCGGAGGCGAACGCUAUGGCGCCACUUUUCUCCAUAAGUUUCGGACAGACGGCAAUCUUCCUGAUUGGCGGAUUGAAACACGAGGAUUCAGCGAACGCGUUGUUUCUGCGGAGCGGUGACGUGGUGAUAAUGUCGGGUAGCUCCCGUUUGAGGUAUCACGGAGUACCGAAAAUUUUGCCGGCUUCCAAGACACCCUGGGACGAUAAUGAACCGGACAGUCACGAAAGUUCCAUGUACAAUCUUGAGGACUGGCGUAAAGCGCGAGAUUACAUCGCCGAAGCUAGGAUUAACAUGAAUGUACGACAGGUGCUGGAACCUGGACAAAUUGUAUUAUACUAGGAUAUCUUUUAUCUUCGUUAUAAAAGUAUGAAAUAUAUUUAUUUACCAUAAAUUAAUUAAAUUAAUUAUUUUACC